AUGAACCACAAUAGCAUGAAAAAGUUGAGAAAUUUAGGGAGGAAAUUAGAUUUUUUUUAAUCUCCAGUCGAGUUAAUGAUUCAUAAGAAGAAAUCACACCAAUCAUUAUUUGGAGCAUUCAUGACAAUCUUAAUGUUUUCAUUUGUUUUGUCAUACAUAAUCAAUAAAUUUGUGUAAUUAGGAUAAAGAAAGGAAUUUUAAACAUUAUAUUCGGAGGUAUAUUAUGAAGAAAUUCCUAUCUUUCCAUUAAAUUCGAAGAAUUUUUCCUUAUAAUUUGCAUUUUAAACGGAAAAUUAAACAAAUUAUAUUGAUGAAACUAUUUACUAAGUCAAUGCUGUAAUGAUUAAUAAAGCAUAGGUUAUGUAAGUUCCUUAAUUUAUAAAAGUGUUAAUUAAAAAUCAAGCUUGUAACUUACUAGAACAGUAAUUCCUCUAUCUAAAUGUACUAAAAUUGGAAUACCAUAUGAAGAUUUAGAAGACUAACUUGAUAAUGUUGAUUCUGAAAAUACAUAUUGUUUAGACUGGAAUAGAGUCUCAGAUCUAAGUUUAAUUGGAACUCCUGAAUAAGAAAACUAUACUUAUAUUUAUAUAAGCUUUCAAUAAUGUGUGAAUGAUACUAUAAAUAGUAAUAUUAAACAACUAAAUAGUCAAAAGCCCAGUUUGUAAGUCUAAGGAGGAAAUUUAAGAAAAAUUGCAUCGUAAUUUUAUUCUAUUUUAAUUGUCUUCAUAUAAUAUUGAUUUAAGAAAUUACUUAAAGCCGAAUGUUCCAAAAGUUGAAGAAAUUCAAACCACAAUUUCUAGUAAAGUUAAGAAAGAUAUCACAUUAUUUAUGCAACCAAUAACAACAUUAACUGAAGAAGGACUAUUAGAUGAAUUGGUGCGUAAAGAUUCAACAAUUAGAUAUAUGAAAAGUUAAGAAGUGAUAGAUUUUAAUAGUGAUGAAGCACUUGCAUCAGUUUUGAUUAGAUUGGCAAACACUGAAAAUAUAAGUUAUAGAAUUUAUCCUAAGUUAUAAGAUAUUUUAGCUUAAGCUGGUGGUUUAUGGGAAGUUUUGAUGCUUGUUUUUACCAUAAUGGUCAAACCUUUUUAAGCAUUAUCUUAUAAAUUAGAUGUUAUUAAUAAUCUCUUUAAUUUUGAAGGAUAAAAAUCAUAAAAUGAUUAGGAGGAUGGUAGUAAAUAAAUCAUAAAAAGGUUGACUAUUGUUUAAGAGGGUGUUCACAAUAACGAAUAGGAUACUUCUAAUAUCUUAAAUUAAUAAUAGAUUAAGUCUUCCAUCCGAUUUCCUAGAGGCAGACUCAAAACUAGAACGUCAAAGCUUUUAAAUAGUAAUUCAGCUUAGACAGAGAAGUCUUCUAACUAAAUGACAAAUUCACCUGAGAAUGAUAAAUUAAUACAGAAAGGUAUUAGAUAUGCUUUAAGGAAAUUAUUUAAUAUAGCUACUCUGAAAUUAAGAUUUAGUCCAUUUGAUUAUCUUAAAUAUUUAAAGUGGGGGUAAUAUAAUAUUUUAAUUAAUAGAAAAAAGGAAGGUAAAUUUAAAUAAUUCAACUAUUCAAUUAAUAAAUUGGAGAAAUGCUUAGAUAUACUAUUUAUUAUCGAUAAAUUAUAAGAAAUUGAUAAACUCAAAAUGAUACUUUUAACCAAAUAAUAGGUGCAACUAUUUGAUUUUUUACCAAAACCUUUAAUUUCUUUAGAUCCUAGUAAUUUGUAAUAUAAUGAAUAAACAAUGUAUUUUUCUUUGUUGAAACCCUAUAAAUCUUAGAAAGAGAAAGCUCAUGAAGCAUAGUUAGUUUUGGAUGAAUUACUUGAAAAUUUGGAUGAUCCUAUUACUAUUAAACUUAUUUCUUUGAUGGAUCCUAAUAUUUUUAAGCUUCUAUAAAUUUAAUUAGAUUUUAAAAAGAGAAAGUUAUCAAAAGUAAUCACUCCUGAUAUCAUAGAAUCAUGA